AUGUCGCUCGCUCGCCUACGAAAUCUGAAGACGCAGUCGUGGCCACCCCGGCCCACCUUCACUGAAGCCAAUGUCCCAGCCGGCUCGCAGGCAGGCCGGGUCUUCAUGGUGACAGGUGGUAACGCAGGCAUUGGUUUCGAGCUGUGCAAGAUCCUAUACCCGACAGGCGCGACGAUAUACAUGGCCUCGCGGUCGAGAGGCAAAGCAGAGACAGCCAUCAAAGCCAUCACGGAGAGCGUCCCUCGGACCCAAGCAGGCAGAGGUCACAUCAAGUUCCUGCACCUGGACUUGAACGACCUCGACUCCGUCAAGGCCGCGGCGCACAGCUUCGCCCAGCAGGAAUCUAAGCUCGACGUCCUGUGGAACAACGCGGGCGCCGGUGCGAAUCGGGUGAAGCUCGGCGAGCGCACUGCGCAGGGCUUCGAGCCCAUGAUGGGCAUGCACUGCGUCGCGACCCUGCUCUUCAGCGCGCUGCUCACGCCGCAACUCAAGGCCGCCGCCGCCGGUGCGGAGUCCACCAGCGGAGCGACCCGUAUAGUCUGGCUCGCGAGCGCGCUCGUGGACUCGGGAUCGAAACACGGCAUCGACUUCGGGGUGCUCGAAACGGGGACCAGCGACUCGGUGCAGAACUACGCGGCAUCGAAGAUGGGAAGCUGGAUCCUGGGCCGCGAGUUCGCGCGGCGGCACGGGCGGGACGGGAUCCUGAGCGUGGCGCUGAACCCGGGCAACCUGCGCACCGGCGGCUACGACGGCACGUCGAAGCUACUGAUGUCUGUCCUGAAUGCCACCAUGCUGCACGAGCCCGUCAUAGGCGCCUAUUCGGAACUGUUUGCUGGGCUGUCGCCGGAGAUCACGAUGGAGCAGAAUGGGAUCUAUAUCAUACCCUGGGGUAGGCUGCUGCCCGACGCUGAUGUCGUUCGGCAGGAUAUCUUGAGUGCUAUGAAGCCGGAGGAGGAGGGCGGGCUUGGAUAUGGGAGGCGGUUCUGGGAGUGGUGCGAGACGCAGUGGAAGCCUUAUGUUUAG